AUCUCUCUCUCUACACUUUGUCCUAUAUAUCAUCAGUUUCAAGUGUUUGGCAUACCAUAGCAUGAGUAGUUCUCACCAUCAACCAUGUCCAACGAUCCAAGGUCUCUGAGUUACUCCUUUCUAACUCACUUCAACAUGGCGAUGGCAGACCCAGAACCUUGAAAAUGGGCAUGGGGGAGAAGAGUCCAAGGAGUUUCCAAUUGCACCAUCGUGAUGGGAAGAAGCAAGAGUUCAGAGGGGUGCCAAAAGGGUGCAUGGCAAUUAAGGUUGGUCAAGGAGAAGAGCAACAAAGGUUCGUGGUUCCUGUCAUGUACAUCAACCAUCCUCUCUUCAUGCAGCUUCUCAAGGAGGCAGAGGAAGAAUACGGUUUCGACCAGAAGGGAACCAUAACCAUCCCUUGCCAUGUUGAGGAAUUCAGAAACGUCCGGGGUCUGAUUGAUAGGGACAAGUCCCUUCACCACCACCACCAUGUUGGUUGCUUUGGCUUCUGAAUUCUGCUCCAAACCAAGGUUUUAACAAAUGGGUUUUGUCCACAGUUUUCUAAAUAUUCAGAAUUCUGAAGAGACUGGUGUGACUUUAAUUUAAAACCUUGGUGAAACCAUGGAGAUAGAAUUGACCUUUGGCAACAAAUCGGCACUCCUUUAGUUUUUCAAUGAUUAUCUCAUGUAAAUUUGCUAGCUUUUAGAUUUAUUUUUGGUAGUGUUUGGUUUUAUGUGAAAGAAAGUUCCUUAGAUAGGUGAAGGUGAAGACAAUAGAAUGUUGUUUCUUCCCAAUGGUACUUACUUUUUUUCUAUAUUGUUAGGAAUCGUUAUGGAAAAAGGAGAUGCUUUUCUUUUCUUUUCUA